UGAGAGCCUGCUUUUCACCGGCUUUUUGCGGCGCACCAGCCGACCCGGAAUUUUACCGCGGCAUUGCAAGGGCUUCCACAGCCCCCCAGGCGCUGCCAGGCAUCGAAAGCGCGCGCCGACGCUGCGGAGCUGCUGCCCAGCCCAGCAAGCCAUUGUUGGCACCCCGCCGCGCUGAGACAAAAAGCCCAGCACCAUGUCCACCCUCUUAACGAGCAAACCAAAAGUCAAGAGCCGCUUCGAUUCCAGGGACGACGCCCUCGAGGGCUACCUCGCGAAGCGCAGCGAGCGGUCCGCCGACAGCAACCGCCCCCAGAACGCCGACGAUUAUAAUUAUGACGACAUCGUGUCGAGGCAUCGGAGACGCAACAACACGACGGGCGCCGCCGCGCGGGACGGUCUAGUACUGAAGAAGACGACGAUGCGGAGGCAGAUGAAGCGCGAAGGGCGUUUAGGAAAGGACGGCAAGGUGCGCCGCGGCCGCGCGGCGCCGACGCGCGUCGUGUCGCGCGGCGCGUCGGACGACUUCGAGGUCCCGUGGCGCGAGUCCCGGCGGCGGCGGCGCAGCUCUCGAGGAGGAGAGGGCGCCGAGGAGUUCAAGGACGAGGCGCGCGCGACCCGGCCGCCGCGGCGGCGCGGCUCGUCGGCGCCGCCCCAGGAGUCUAUCCCGACGGACGGCCUCUCGUCCGCGCAGCUCGCGAAUCUGGGCCGGCAGCUCAUCGCCGACCAGCGCGCCCAGCGCCGCCGCAGCGCAAGCGUGCCGCCCGUCGUCACCGAGCCAGUGCCGGCGCCGGCGCCCGCGCCGCCAACGGCCGAACCGCGCAAGGCCGACUCGCCGCCGCCGCCGCCGCCGACAACGACGACGACGUCGUCGCGGCCGCGCCCGCGGCCGGCCCCGCGCACGGCGCGGCGGCGCCAGCCCUACACGUCUGCCGAGGCGGCCAAGGGCGACGGCGCGUACUCGAGCGUGUCCGACAUGGCGUCCAAGAAGCUGUCCGCGGCGGCGAACUACAUUGGGGCGGUCUUCGGCGCGCCGGCGCCGGCGCCAGCGCGUCGUAAGCCGGUGCCGCGGCCGCCGCCGGCCGGCUAG